UUAAGUCACGUGACGGUGUGAAAUGGGAAUUCUUGUGUAGACGAAAGUUGAGAUUCAGUUUGGAAGCGUCGGUUACAGUGAAAUAAAAAUAACUAGUGAAAUACUUUGCUUUGGAUGGUAAGAUUUUUCAAGAAGGUGGAUUAACUAUUAUUCUAUAAUUUUAGUAAGUUAAAUCUGUAAAAAUGUCCGGGCAAGGCCCAACAUCUGCACACAAGAUGCGGCGAAACCCUUCCCCACCAACCUGCAGACAGGGGCCAAUGAAAGCGGUCAAACCAUUUGGAAUUAAUAUCAGGAACAGCCCAAGUCGCAGCCCCCUUGCUUCCUCGUCCUGGCAGAGGGGAUCACCAGGACCGGAAAAUCGGUCACCAGACCGACGAUCUCCAAACAACAGUUCGCCCUGUUGCAAAGAGAGAUUUACCGUUGUGCAGCCAACGCAGGUUCGUGUGAGUCCCGCGUCUUCAUCCCUCCGACGGACAAACUCGCUUGACACACUUGGCACAUACUUGAAGGGACAAUGGCCAGUGGACAUAGGCGGAUACCACCACACACAAACCUCAGGCUCAUUCAUGCUCGACAAAAUGACGCAGACGCCUGACCGUGAGGAAUGGCAGGAAGAGACGAAAAAGAAGAAAAAGAAGCAUAGACGGUCAGCGUCAUUUGGACACACAGACAAGAAACUGCCGUUGCCAGUCAUACGGCAGAAACUACAAAAAACGAAGGCAGAAGGGACAAAACGAGGAGAUCGAUCGAGCCCGAUUCCAGCCAACCAUAAUGCCCUUCUUCAGACCGCUCCUGCGGUGUUGAUGCGAUCCACGGCAAUUAACAUUAACAUCAAACCAUCUAUGCCUCGAUACCAGCGGAAUAGCGUUGAGGGACUAAAUCCAGAAAUCGAGCAGCUAGUAAGGAUGACGAUCUCGGGAACAGAAGAAGAAUUGGAGAGGACUAUUCCAGAAGGCCAUCGUGCCCCAUUUCCUGUCACACCAAGCACCAACAAUGUUCGCAGUGUAGACACACAGACUCCUUCGUCUGCAGGAAAUAUCGAGGGCCGCAGCUCAGGACGAUCGUCGGGUCGGAGUUCCCGCGGCUCAUGUAGUCCAUCCUCGGGAAGCCCACAGCGGGCACAGUCGAUCAGCCCAACUAUCCCUAUCAUAGCAGGAAUGGGAAAUUCCGAUUGUUCCCCUCGUCCGUCCAGCUGUUAUGAUUCGUCAGGCAGCACUCCGCGAGAUGGGAAAUCUGACAAGGAAACUGGAGAUCGUGACAGUGUGUCGCCCGAUGCAUGUUUGAAGAAGACCGCAAGCCCGAAGCCCAACAAAAUCCUGGUUCGUGAGCCGCCAGAUGGAUGUGAGAGGAUUAAGGCUUACGAUGAGGACAGAAAUCGGCAACCGUCCAUUAAAGAGCCACUUCUGUUCUGUCCCAUCCAAGGCAAGGGUCAGUUUGAGCUUCGACCAAGCCAGAGCUCAGCUUUCUGUUCACUUAAGAAACACUAUACUCAGGGAUCUGCAUUCUCUCAAACAACAACGACGACAACAACCAUCGAGGGACACUAGCCUUACUCAGAACAUUCAAACUCCAGUGAUUGGCUUGUUUUUGUGAUAGCGGAGUCUAUUUAUAAGUUAUGAUGUAAUGUUUUAUUUAUAGAUAUGAUGUCAAUAUUCUAUUUAUAGUGAUUGAGUAAUUAUCCUAUUUAUAGAAUCAUGUUAAGACGGUGUACAUGAUUGUACAAAGUAUGAUUUUUGUGCCAGUUGUGUUAUUUGCUUAUGUAGCAAUUUGAGCAAUGCAAUGGGAGAUUUCUUGAACAAGAUAUUUAAUGGCUUUUGUGUAUCAAAUAGUCGAUUAUGUACUGUUUGUUGAUGUUUUGGGGCCAAACGGAGGAAAAUGCUUGAGAAGAGAGUUUCUAGAAUAUUUGGAAGGUAUGUUAAAAGGGGUUGUGAUUUAAAAACGUAUCUGAAAGGUUGUUUCAGUGGCUUUUCUGCCUUAAAGAUGGAAACUUUGUCACUAGCUUUAUAUGUGACAUUAGACAGCGGAAAUGAGUUUAACCAACACUUGUUUGAAAAACAUGUAGGUACAUAUAUGUAAAAUAACAUGCGCUGUAUGUUGCUUUUAUUCGCAGCUUAAAAAAUGGCCGGUAAAUGGCAGAAAGUUUGUUUUUUAAUUUUAUUGCCUUGAAAGACCACUUAAGAAUGUAGAUAUUUGUUAAAUUAUUUUUAUACUCUUUGAAAAUGUUAGAUGUUACUACAAAACUUGUUUUAAAACUUAAAUGUUAAAGAUGUAUUUUUGCAUGUUAUUUCUUUGUACAGAUGUUAACUGUUAAAGAUAUAUAUACUUUGUAGUAUAUGAAAAAAUGGCUUUUUUUCUUGUUUAAGGAAAAAUAGCUUCUUAUAGGGCAAGGCUUUCAAGAAAGAUCAUUUAAAUGAGUAUUUUACUUCUGAAUACCUGUCAAUGUCUUCAGUUUUGUAAUAUUCAGGUAGAUGUUCAAUACAUUUCUUAGGCAGUCGUCAAACAUUUAAAAUGAUUAAAAAUCUAAAAAAAAAAAUUAGGAAUUUUGAACCAAUUGAUAACUAGCAUCGAUGAUGACAUAUUACAAAUUCUGUAUUUUUUGUGUUAUAAAUAAGAAUACGAUUUAACUCUUGAAAAAUGAAAACACUGAUCUUUUUCCUAUUGUAAUAAUAAAUAUAAUUCUUUGGAAUGGCCAGAUUGUAGGUUUACAGUGGCCUGACCAUGACAUUUUUAGAGGGUCAGUAGGUCAGGAAAUUAAGGGUUAUUUUGUGACUAAGUGAUGAUCUUACACUAAACAAUAAGAUGGAAUAUACUAUGACCAAAUUUUACUGUAGGUUAUAAACUAGGAUAGGGGAGCAAUAUGAGAAAAAUCAGGUAAAAACUUAUAAAAAUACCAACACUGUAUAAUACCCCUAUACUUACAGUUUAAUUAUAUAUGUUUCAGAAUUGAAACAAAUUUUUUACAAAGUUUAUAGCCUAGUAUACAUGCAAUUAUUUAAAUGAUAGUUCUGAAAGAAUAACUGUUUCUAUUGUCAAAUUUGGUAUAACAAAAAAACAGUUUUCUCUCUCCAAUCACAAAAAAAAAAAAUUGGAUCAGAUUAUUUUUUGAGUCAGUGAAGGAACUGCAAACAAAAAUAUUUUCAAGAUGGCUUGGCAUACAGUAGUGAAAGCUUUGGCUUGUAUGUCAGUACGUGUACAAGGUUAAUGGUACAUUAAUUGUAGGUUUCUCAUUCCGGUGAUCUGAUACUUAACUCUUUUAGGUUGUAAAAUACUGUUCAGGGAAGAUUUUCACGGCCUAUAAUCCUUGGAUCUAAUUGUAAAUCGAAUCUCUUUCUAUUUCUCCAUGACUCGUCUCCAUUCUAUGUUGUUGCUAUUGCUGUCGUUGUUUGUUUUUUUCACAUCUACUCAACUCUAAUGUAGCAGAAUGAAUAUAGGAUUGUUUAUGUUUUUGAAAUAGGAGUUCUGCAGAAUCUUGUGAUUUAUAAUUCUACAAUUUUAUUUUAUUAUUUUUCAGUUUAAAAUAGUGCUGUUUUAUUUCUUUAUAUUGCAGUUUUCAUAACAUCAAAUGGAAACAUUUGCUUGCCUCUGUGCAAUGCUUAAUACUUUUAUAAAAAAAGUAUCUAAUUUAAUUGAUAUGAAUAAAGUUGUUUUCUGGGCAAAAUUUAAGGAUUCACCUGUCUUAUGUAUAGAAAUUAUCAUAAGGAACUUUAUUUUUUUUAUAUAUUUUUUACCAGUUUCUAUUUAAAUCUUUUAUGGCAAUAAAGACUUUGAAACUCAUGCUGAUGGCAAAAAAAGUUCCUGACAUGAAGCGAUCUCUUGUAAAUGACCAGUCGAUGAUGGCGCUUAAAUGAGAUAAACAACCAUGUAUUAGUGAAUAUGGUAUAUUGUCAAUUAUUUUCAAUGUUAAGUCUAUAUGUUCUACAUGAAUAGAAACAGUUCAAUAUAAAAAUCCGUCCUUAGAUAUUUUUCAAACCAGUUACAUAUAUUGUCAUUACUUUCAUCGAACAUUUUCAUCUUUUCUUGAAACAAAUGUUAAUAUUGUGUAAAUAAUAAAGGCUAAAUGUUUUAGAAUAACAAAUUGUACUAUCUGUUCGACUCAUUUAUGAUACAUGGUACAAGUUUUUCAUACAAAUCAUAUUUUAGCUGUUCUGAUGUUCAGUUCAUGGUCUAUUAAAAAAAAACAUUUUUUGCAUCAAAUGUUGUCUUAACUUAUAUUUCAUAUUACAGCCAUUUGUUCAUAAGGUGUGAUGCAAUCUUUAAAAACCAGAUUCAACAUGUGAAAAUGAUAUCACCUGAUAAAAUCAUGUGGUUUUUUUUUAAACAUGCUGAAUUUUUAAGCGUGAAAAUGGUUUUAAUUUUAAGGUCAUUUAACUUAAGUCAGUAAAAGUUACAUCAAUGUCACACUGUAAAAAUCAGCAUGUUGGAAAAACGGAUCUAUAUUUUCACCUGGUGCCUCGUUUUCUCAGAUUGUGUCACAGAAGUGAAAUUCUAUAAUUCUUUCUGUAUUAUGAAGCUACCAUUUCUUAAAAAAUAACAUACAAAGUUAUAAAAAACUUUCCAUGGAUCAUUUGGUAAACGACAUUUGUACAGGCUAAAGAUACAUAUUCAUCAAUUUUGUCUAUCAAUUUUUCAAUUUUGUUUCAAAGUGAUUGUCAUUUUUUAUUUCAAAAGCACUGUAAUGUAGACGUUUUUCUUUUUUGGUUACCAGAAAGUAUUAUUUACAUGCUAGCAAGUUCUUAGAUAAGUGAUUUGAUUAUAUAUAUAUCGUCGAUAGAGGUAUAUAUGUAUUCCAUCAAGUAAUAAAAAUGGCAUUCAAUAAAAGAUGAGUAAUAAGAAAGGUUAAUAAAAAUGGCAUUUGGAGUUGAAUGUAACCAUACAGUUACAGAUAUUUAAAGCUUUUACAUAGCAUUCUGGGUAUGAUUGAAACUUUGCAAUAAAAUAUAAAUGACUGUGAUUAUUGUCUAAGAAUCUAGCUAGCAUGACAUCUCCCAAGCAGUAUUUUUGGUUUCUAAGAUUUUUUUAUGAUUUUGUAGAACACUAACUCUGUAAUUCUGCCAUAUUGCUAGUUAUUGUGACGAAAUAAUCAGCAAUUUUCUAACAUUAGUUACGGAAAGGUUUCUUUAUGUAUGUUUAAUUAAUCUGUCCCAUAAAUACCGGUCUGUGAAUUAUGAAAGCCUGGUAAACCAAUAUUAUUCGGUAUCAUUUGAAAUGUUUUUGUGUGCGGAAAGAAAAUGUAAAAACCUUAUAACAGAACAGAACAGAAGUUUAUUUCGACUUAUGCAACAAAGCAUCUCGUCAAACUAAUAUAUACAAUUAAACAAAAUAUUCAUAACAAAAAGUGGUUUUGGCCUUCAAAGAUUGCAAAACGAUCAUCUUAUGUUUGAUUUCAGUCGAAUUAAACAGCAACUAUACAAGCUGAAUUAGAUUUAUGUAUCAUGUACUUAGGGUCAUUUCUUUUACAUCCAAAUUUAAUAUUACGGUUAAUGGAGAACUUAUUUAUGGGUCAGAUUCCUUAAACACACAUAACAUUUUAAGGACGUAUCAUUAUUAUUAUUUCUUAAGUUGUCAGUUAUACAAAAUAUCAGUUAUACAUUUGAACUGUUUUAGAAAUUAUUUUAUUUCCCAGUGUCAUUUUUGGGCAUGAACUUUUUUUGUCAAACAUAUUUAUAGAAUAGGGAUAAAGAUUGAGUAUCUUUGUUGUUUCUCGCAAGCAUUAUAAACUUAAUAUCUGACAAAAUGAAAGAAGCAAGCCCUCAUUGACAUGUAGUGUAACUAAGUGGUAGUGAGAUCUAUGUUAUAAUUAUGUGAUUCCAAGUUCUAGUUACCAUUUGUAAAUAAAUAUCACUUACUGUAGAUCGUCUGAAUUUUGCGAGGGUUUAACUUUUUAGGUCCCUGUUUUUAUAAAGGUAGUAAGGCUUAAGAUCAUAAUUUUCAGCGGUAAUUCCAUUUUUUCGCAGUUAACUGAUUCAAUAAAAAUAUCAUAAGGACAUUUAGGGAAUAGAUUCUCCCCGUAACUUGACAGAUGUACCUGAGCACUCUAAAGCAGCAGUAGGUUUACAACAUAGAUAUCUAUCUUAUUGUAAAGGGCCAAGUAUUUGUAAAAGGACCUUGCGGAAAUGAUGUGAUCUACAGUAGCUAAACUAACCUAGCAAAGUGCUUUGUAAUUUCUGUUGUCUAUUUAAAACUUUAUUUUUUAUACUUAUGGCCGUCUGAUGGUUGGCUUUUCUCUGCUAUGCAUACAACUGUUGUUUUAUUUAUAUUUGUAACUUCUAUGCCAUGUUUGAAUUACUUUAAACUCUCUCACUGAAAUGAAUUUUAGAUUUUUAAAUUAGCAGAUUUAAUGAAAAUCUUAGAUUUGAUUAAGCUUAGAUGUUUAUUUCAAAUGUGUUUAAGUUACUUUUCUGUUUGCUUUACUUUUGACUUAGGUGAGCUGUUAUUCUUCCGAGUUUUAGUUCAAAUCAUCGUCAGCUACCCCAGGUACACUCCUACACUCUGCUUCAUGGAGUACAGGGGAACGUCCCACUAGGAAAAACAUGUGAAUUUGAAUAUGCAAUGAGGCAGUUUCAUUGGUUCCCAAUGGUGACCUUUUUGCAGUCUAAUCCAAUAAAAUUGCCUUGUGUGUAAUUCUCUAUAUUUAGUAACAAAUCCCCUAUAUGGCAUCAUAGUAAUCUCCUUUGUUGAAGAGUAGUAAUAAAUUGUAACUUUUUAAGAAGGGUUUUCUCCCUUACCUCACUAAUAUUCAUGAAGACCAGAUUUUGUCAGAAAAUUUUCCCAUGGCACUUAUGUAGAGUAAACGAGUAAACAAGUACCAGGGUUGCUGACAAUGAGUAAAUGCGUAGAAAUGUCUUGUUACUGAAUCAUUACAUGUUUUUACACUGUAGCAUUUGUGCUAUUGUAGAGAAUCAGCAUGUUUGCAUUUUAAGCAUAUAUUUACAUUCCGAAAUCUAUAACUAUGUCUCAAAAAUAUCUCAGUGUGUGAAACUCCACCUUUUUGGAAUGACAUCCCAUCUUAACAUGAAAACUCAUUUUGAUCAACAUUUCAUUCUCAUGUUGUUAUAUUUCUUAUUAUUUAUGCAUGUUGAUAAGAAUAAAACAUUUUUCUGUAUAAUUCUUCGAUAAAUUAGAAUAAAAAAGUAUAUAUCAUCAAAGUGAAAUAAUCAAAUUUUUACAAGAAAUAUUACAAAAUAAUACAAUUUUUCUACACCCUGUACAAUGCAUGAAAUGUUUGGGUACCAGAUCAUUUACGUUGUGGAACCAUGUUUAAAUACAAUAAGUUCAUUUACAGAUUUUCAACUCAUUUUUCCUUUUACAAGAAUGAUACUGCCUAUGCUUGACGAAGUCAUUCAAGAGUUUAACAAACAUGUUUGUUUCAUGUACAUAGGAAAGUUUCAUAUACAUUAUGCUCAUCAUCUUGAUUUGACUUAUUGAUAAAAUAAAGUUGUUAUUUUCUACAUGAAA